AUGGACGAGGUGGACAGUGGGAGGCUGCUCACUCAGAAUCUGCUGGGCGAGGCUGAAGAAGUUGUUGGACGGAGCCCAGCCAUCAAGCCUGGUGGUCCCCAUCAGAGACCCUCUCAGUACCUGGAACUCUGGCCUGGGUGGAAGAAGCAGACACAGAAUCUGUCCACCCUCUUCCAAGCUGCUCCUGUGCUGGCCAUCCACCUCCAGGAGGUGGCACCUGCUGGCAAAACAAAACAAGAGGACCAUAGUCCCAACCAAGCGCAGACCUGGGAGGAAGACACAUCACCCACUCAUGCAUCUGCCCUGGACUUCCACUCUGACAGAGAGGGGGCACCUGUGGACACCUUAGACACAGUUUCUCUGUCCUGCCACCUGACCUGCCACCACUGCUCUCCUGACACCUGCCCAAUCCUUGUCCUGUGUGUCUGUAAUAACCACGCUCUGGGACCUCACUGCCCGGCCUGCAACUUGUCCUGCGCCAUUGAUGACCUCGCGCCGCCUGCCAAAGCCUUCUUAUCAGCCCUGUAUUCCCUGUCUUUGCUCUGUCCCAGGAGCGGCUGUGGCAAGCAGGUCAGAAUAGACGCAUUUAAAGCUCACUGUCUGGGCCAUGAGCUGGACGAACAGGACGAUAAGCAGCAGUCAUCAGAACUUGACAACUACCUGUUAACCAAUAAAGGGGGGAGACCUCGUCAGCACCUGCUAUCACUGACCCGCCGUGCCCAGAAGCAUCGGCUGAGGGAUAUGAAGAACCAGCUGAAGGCGUUUGCAGACAAAGAGGAAGGCGGCGACCUGAAGUCUGUGUGUCAGACUCUGUUUCUGCUUGCACUGAGGUCUGGGAAAGAACAUCGCCAGGCAGAUGAGCUAGAGGCUACGAUGCAAGGCAGAGGCUUUAGUUUGCAACCUGCUGUGUGCUUAGCCAUUCGGAUCAACACUUUCCUGAGCUGCAGCCAGUAUCACAAGAUGUACCGAACUGUCAAAGCCACCAGCGGCCGCCAGAUCUUUCAGCCCCUCCACACCUUGCGGGCUGCAGAAAAAGAGCUUCUCCCUGGCUUUCACCAGUUUGAAUGGCAGCCAGCUCUCAAGAAUGUGUCUACAUCUUGCAGUGUUGGCAUUAUUAAUGGGCUCUCUGGAUGGGCUUCCUCUGUGGAUGAUUUCCCAGUUGACACCAUCACCAGACGGUUCCGCUACGAUGUGGCUCUGGUGUCAGCGUUGAAGGAUCUGGAGGAGGAUAUCUUGGAGGGGCUGAGAGAGAGUGGGAUGGAAGACCGUGCUUGCACCUCAUGCUUCAGUGUCAAGAUCAAGGAAUCCUGUGAUGGCAUGGGCGAUGUCAACGAGAAGCACGGUGGAGGACCAGCUGUUCCUGAGAAGGUUGUGCGUUUUUCUUUCACUGUUAUGUCGGUCUCUGUCCUGGCAGACGAUGAGGAGGAGGAAGACGUUACCAUCUUCACUGAGCCAAAGCCAAACUCAGAACUGUCCUGUAAGCCCCUGUGCCUGAUGUUUGUGGAUGAGUCAGACCAUGAGACACUCACAGCUGUCCUGGGGCCUGUAGUUGCAGAGCGUAAUGCAAUGAAAGAGAGCAACCUCAUCCUGUCCAUGGGCGGACUUCCUCGUUCCUUCCGCUUUCAAUUCAGAGGCACAGGAUAUGAUGAGAAGAUGGUGCGCGAGGUCGAGGGCAUGGAGGCCUCAGGGUCCACCUACGUCUGCACUCUUUGUGACUCCACUCGGGCACAGGCCUCUGAAAACAUGGUGCAACACUCCAUCACUCGCAGUCAUGAAGAGAACCUCGAUCGUUACGAAAUAUGGAGAACCAACCCCUUUUCUGAGUCUGUAGAUGAGCUGCGCGACAGGGUUAAAGGGAUCUCUGCCAAGCCCUUCAUGGAGACCCAGCCAACGAUGGAUGCAUUACAUUGUGACAUCGGCAAUGCCACUGAGUUCUACAAAAUCUUCCAGGACGAGAUCGGAGAGGUGUACCAAAAGUUCAAACCCAGCCGGGUGGAACGGCGCAGCUGGAGGGCAGCCCUGGAUAAACAGCUUAGGAAGAAAAUGAAGCUUAAACCAGUGAUGAGGAUGAAUGGGAACUAUGCCCGCAGGCUUAUGACCCAAGAGGCUGUGGAGGUGAUCUGUGAGCUAGUGCCCUCAGAGGAGAGGAGGGAGGCUCUGAGGGAGCUGAUGAGGAUCUACAUCCAGAUGAAGCCGGUGUGGCGCGCCACCUGCCCUGCUAAGGAGUGUCCCGAGCAGCUGUGCCGCUACAACUUCAACUCCCAGCGCUUUGCCGACCUUCUCUCCUCCGCCUUCAAAUACAGGUACAAUGGAAAGAUAACCAAUUACCUGCACAAGACCCUGGCCCAUGUGCCUGAAAUCAUAGAGAGAGAUGGAUCCAUCGGAGCCUGGGCCAGCGAAGGGAACGAGUCUGCAAACAAGCUCUUCAGGCGUUUCCGGAAGAUGAAUGCACGUCAGUCGAAGACCUUUGAGCUUGAGGACGUGUUGAAACAUCACUGGCUCUACACCUCCCAGUACUUGCAGAAGUUUAUGGAAGCUCAUAAGGACUCUGCCAAAUCACUGUAAGCCACCAUUAACCAAGUAGAGAGCCAGGACUUUAUGUGA